UACACUUAAUUACCUUUGUCAUGCUUUUAGGUUACCCAUGCAGUUGUUACUGUACCAGCCUACUUCAAUGAUGCCCAACGCCAGGCAACCAAAGAUGCUGGAACUAUUGCUGGAUUGAAUGUCAUGAGGAUCAUCAAUGAGCCUACAGCAGCUGCUAUUGCUUAUGGCCUAGAUAAGAGAGAAGGGGAAAAGAACAUCCUGGUGUUUGACUUGGGUGGUGGAACCUUCGAUGUGUCUCUUCUCACCAUUGAUAAUGGUGUCUUUGAAGUCGUGGCCACUAAUGGAGAUACUCAUCUGGGUGGAGAAGACUUUGACCAGCGUGUCAUGGAACACUUCAUCAAGCUCUACAAAAAGAAGACUGGCAAAGAUGUUAGGAAAGACAACAGAGCUGUGCAGAAACUCCGGCGUGAGGUAGAAAAGGCCAAACGGGCCCUGUCUUCUCAACAUCAAGCAAGAAUAGAAAUUGAGUCCUUCUAUGAAGGAGAAGACUUCUCUGAGACCCUGACUCGGGCCAAAUUUGAAGAGCUAAACAUGGACCUGUUCCGUUCAACCAUGAAGCCUGUCCAGAAAGUGCUGGAAGAUUCUGAUUUGAAGAAGUCGGAUAUUGAUGAAAUUGUUCUUGUUGGUGGCUCUACUCGAAUCCCAAAGAUCCAACAACUGGUUAAAGAGUUCUUCAAUGGCAAGGAGCCAUCCCGUGGCAUAAACCCUGAUGAGGCCGUAGCAUAUGGUGCUGCUGUCCAGGCUGGUGUACUCUCUGGUGAUCAGGAUACAGGUGACCUGGUACUGCUUGAUGUAUGUCCCCUUACACUUGGUAUUGAAACUGUGGGAGGCGUCAUGACCAAACUGAUUCCAAGGAACACUGUGGUGCCCACCAAGAAGUCACAGAUCUUUUCUACAGCUUCUGAUAAUCAGCCAACUGUUACAAUCAAAGUUUAUGAAGGUGAACGACCCCUGACGAAAGACAAUCACCUUCUGGGAACUUUUGAUCUGACUGGAAUUCCUCCUGCUCCCCGAGGGGUCCCACAGAUCGAAGUCACCUUUGAGAUAGAUGUGAAUGGCAUUCUUCGAGUGACGGCUGAAGACAAAGGUACAGGCAACAAAAAUAAGAUCACAAUUACAAAUGACCAAAAUCGCCUGACACCAGAAGAAAUUGAAAGGAUGGUUAAUGAUGCAGAGAAGUUUGCUGAGGAAGACAAAAAGCUCAAGGAGCGCAUUGAUACUAGAAAUGAAUUGGAAAGUUAUGCCUAUUCGCUAAAGAAUCAGAUUGGAGAUAAAGAAAAGCUGGGAGGUAAACUUUCCUCCGAAGAUAAGGAGACCAUGGAAAAAGCCGUAGAGGAAAAGAUUGAGUGGUUGGAAAGUCACCAAGAUGCAGACAUUGAAGAUUUCAAAGCUAAAAAGAAGGAACUAGAAGAAAUUGUUCAGCCAAUUAUCAGCAAACUCUAUGGAAGUGCAGGCCCUCCCCCAACUGGUGAUGAGGAAUCAGCAGACAAAGACGAGUUGUAGACACUGCUAGUGCUGUACUAUUGUAAAUACUGGACUCAGGAACUUUCGUUAGGAGAAAAUUGAGAACUUAAUUCUCGAAUGUAAUUGGAAUCUUCACCUUGGAGUGGAGUUGAAAAUGCUACAGCCCAAGUGGCCGUUUACUGCUUUUCAUUAGCAGUUGCUCAUGUCUUGGGGUGGGGGGAGAGGAGUAAUUGGCUAUCUUAAAAAGUGGGUAAAAAAGCUGGGUUAGGGCGUGUUGUCACCAUGGAAACGUUCUAUUUAACAAUUGGGUCAUGUGCAUCUGGUGGAGGAACUUUAUUUUCUACCAUAAAUGACACCAAUAAAUGUUUGUUAUUUACA